ACUUCAAUCAGCCAUGGAUCCGACCAUGAAUUAGCCUAUCAACCCUGCAUGCUGUCAAACAUAUAUCUUUACUUGGUACUUUCGAUUCAUUUAAUAUUCUUUUUAAUGGUGUUAUUGUUUAAUAAGAUAAUGAAAAUAUUUUGAGCCACACGUGAAUCAUUAUUUUUCUAAAUAUUAAUUUGAAUAUAUUAUUUUUCAUAUAUUCUUCUCCCAUUUCAAUAUUGGAUGUUUAAUCUUAAAUCAAGCUAACCCUAUGGUGUUAAUUUGAUUUAUAUACUUUCUUGCGAUUGAUUUUUUUUUCUAAUAAAUCGGUGAACAGAAAUAUCGUUUAGACCCCAAAAUAGAUUCAUCGAUAACAUAAUAUUGGUUUAGAUUUCAAAGUAGAAUAAUGAAGAGGCAACAAUUUCGAGAAUUCAGAAAAAAAAAACGGAAUGAAAAAAAAACCACAUACUUAAGUCUUUCACAAUAGUUCUGGUAUAUCGUAUAUCUCAUAAACGCGGGUAGACAAAAAAUAACCACAGUUCAAUGCAAAAUACAAUCCCCCGAUAUAGAAAAGGAUCGUAAAACUCAUAUUUCAUGGAAAUUGGUCACAAUAUACAGAAGCAAUCAACCUGUUAAUAGUAGUUUUUUAACUUGGUGACGGAUAGACAAACAAUGUUUUCAUUUGUCAUUUUGCGCUGUAGUAUACUCUAGGCUCCAAUAUUGUUCUUUAAAAAAUGUAUUCUAUUUAUUUUGAUCUGUAUGAGACAAAAAGCCCACAUGAUUCAGAUUGAUGAAAUCUAGAACUUCCAUUUCAGAAGAGUACGGUUACAGAGUACGAUUAUACCAAUUAGUUAAUAAAAAGAAAACGACGCCAGGUUUUUUUAACAGUCAAAGGGGAUUGGUUAAAAAUUUGGGAUAACAGACAAAGUCCUCUCUUUUCUACACAUUUCUUUUCCCCCUUAUUCCCCUCCUGCCACGUGUGUUACAACUCUAAAUAAGGACUUGGUUCAACCAAGGAUUUGAUUGUAACUCCUUGGUUCAACCAAACUAUUUCACAUACAUGUACAUAGUAAAUGAGAAAAAACGAGGCUUAUCUCAAAAUAUGAAACCCUUUUCCACCUUUUUUUUAAUACAAAUUUUUAAUGGGGACUAGUAUUCUACUAAAUGUGAACCAAAGGACGAAAAUGCCUAUACACUGUAUAACGAAGCCUUAAAUUCUUAAAUUUUUAGAAAAGGAUCGUCAACAUUUUCAAUUUACUUUUCACAGGUAAUGACAGACAGUUUUUAAAAGCAACUCCUUUAUUACUUCCUUACAAAAUCUAUUGAGGGUUUUUCACCCACAUCUCGAUAUAUAUUGACAGAGUCUAGAUUGGUAUUUCACUGGCAUAUAGACAAGGUGUGGUUAAUAAUCACUCUUUCCUCUUAUUAUGAAGUUGUGUUCAUAGUUAGGUGACCAAAGUUCUAAGUGACAAUACUCCAUACAGUAUUGCUGGAAUGAUUUCAGGGUAAAUCUCAUGCAUGCACGCGCACUGUUGCUUCGACCCCGUGGCCGUAAGGCGUAACAACAUUCGGUAGGCAUCGUCAAUAUAUAUAUCCAGCAAUAACAGCAACCAUUAUAAUAGUAAUGUCACAAGUAACAUGAAUUAUACAUUCUGUGUGAUUUUAAAAUGUUUUACAAAGCGAGCCCGAAUUAUACUGCUUUAAUCAAUGCCUGUGACCUUCACACACACACACACACACAUAUAAAAAAAUCCGAUUAACCUAAAACUUUUUUUUAAACCUUGAGGUCAAUGGGGUCCUGCAGCCGCUUACCAAAUUGAUCUUUGAUCUAAAGCCUCGUUUACUUAUCAAUCAUUUCCCCCCCCCCCACUCCCUAAAAAAAUAAUCACAAGAAGAAGAUGAAAUAGAAAAUGAAUUACUCUCCUUGAAAAUGGAAAAGAUUGGGACACUAGGUAUUUUAUUCCCAUGCAUCUCAUUCGAUAAACUUAGCUAAAUUUUCAAGUCAGGCUUAUUGACUAAUUGAGAUGAUCGAUUAAUUUCAUCUUUUCCACAAAAAAACCCUCCCCGUAAACCCUUCCACUCGAUCUCUUGCUGUAUUGGAUGAUGAUAAUCUGCAUCCAUUGUUAAAAAGAUGACGUCAAUUUUGUAACGAGAGAAGAGAAAGCGUGAAAUGGUUGGCUAUAACCCGAACCAGCCUACGAUAUGCCCCUUUAAUCUUGGUAUUCACAUACACGGGGCGUUACAUCUUGCAGAAGAAAAGAAAGUUGGACUGUUCAAGCUAUUGUUAUUCAUCGACGAUCAAAUACAAUAGGAGCGCAGUAUGACGGUUGACUGUCCCAACACGCUGGGUAUUCAUUCGAAACCGUUUUCCUUUUAUGCAUCCCAAAGACUUUGAAGGUCUAGAAAAAACGUUGAUGUAACAACAAAGCCUGGAAACAAAUACAUGUACAGUUUUUGCAAUUCGGGGAUAAAUAUCAAUGUUUUGAAGUGAAAAUUAUUUACAUGUGGAACAGAUGAUGAAUUGAAAUGCAUCAGAGACAAGGAUAUUCGUUAGCUUUGACUUCUUAACGCCAACGGAAAAACGCCAAUUUUCUGGUAGACACUUGUUGUUAUUAUGCAGAGCAUUAGUCAUCGGUGAACCACACCUAACUCUACGUAGAAACCUAUAUCGUCGAAUCGCCCUGUGUACACACACUCGCUCGAAAUACACACACGAAUUCCUUUCGCUCCUUCAUUUCUCACCGUGCCGUCGAGGAGCAAGAACCGUUUUUUAGUGGAGGCACGUUUUUAAAAGGAAUAUCGGUUCUUAUAUGCAUUUAUUGACGGCACGAUGGAAUAUCUCAACUAUACAUCACCUUUGAUGAAUAUCAUCGUGGCCUUUCUCUGUCUUACCUUUUCUGUCAAAUCAACCUCCUCGUACCCUACAGGAGCACCUACGACGACAUGUACAUCUCUGACACCGGGACAUGGAUCCACCCCUCAAACUUCUUCCAGUCCUUUUCUUAUUACCCCUCAGUUUCGGAAUUACGGACCGAGUACGCCGAUGCAAGUAAAUCUGACGUCCACCAAUGGGACCCCGUUCAAGGGAUUCAUGGUUCAAGCCCGGGUAGUAGGCACAAAUACACCUGUUGGUAUCUUCAGCGAUACAUCAUCGGUUGGCCAGCGGAUCGAUUGUUCUAGUACCUUUGCUAACACUCUCACUCAUAUCGACCGCAACCCAAAGACAUUAGUGACCGCAGUCUGGACGGGACCCUCAAACGUCGACGGCGAGAACAUUGAAUUUGUAGGGACAUUCGUUCAGGAUCUGAAUACUUAUUGGACAUUCGUAAGGUCAAGCGUAUUGACAGAUGCUUGUUUGCCAUCACCGUGCCAGAAUGGGGGUACAUGCUAUCGAUCAGGUACAGAGGGUCACCUAUGCAGCUGUCCGACAGGUUUCACUGGUAAAAACUGCACAGAACUGUCACCAUGCGUAGACAAGGUCGCAACCUGCGGAACGCAACACAAGCACUGUUAUGUCAGUAAUACGGGGAAUGGAAAUAAUUUCGUUUGUGUGUGUUUGGACGAUACAUUUUCAUACGAUGCACCGUGUGACGAAAUGACCACAGUGUCUCCUACCACGGCCACUCCGACAACAUUACCAACAACUACAGAAAUUGUUCACCCAUGUAACUCUAGCCCAUGUCAAAAUGGCGGGAUAUGUCAUCUUAACUCUGCUGACGAUGUUCAGUGUUUCUGCUCGGGCGGAUAUACUGGUACUAGGUGUGAAAUAGAGCCAGAUCCGUGUCGAUCACAACCUUGUGAAAAUGGUGGCGUUUGUACUAAAAUUGGACCAUUUUCAUACCAAUGUGAAUGUCAGACCGUAUACACUGGACCACAGUGCCAGUAUGAAGUUGGUUGUGCCUCCUUUCCAUGUCAAAACAAUGGUCAGUGUACCAGUACAGGGAUCUAUGGCCAGGAUUACCAGUGCUCGUGUCCUUCCAUGUACUCUGGUACCAACUGUGAAACAGAAAUGGACCCGUGCCAAUCUGCUCCUUGCAUGAAUGGAGGAUCUUGUAACAGACGUGGUGAUAUCAUGGGAUUUAGAUGCAACUGUUAUAAUGGAUACACGGGCCUCACGUGCGAGAUUCCGCCACCACCUACAACUCAGCCACCCCCUACAACGCCACCACAGUCUACUACAACCCCACAACCAGUGGUCGCUACUACACAAGGUUCUGAAGAAUGUCGCCCAAGCUGUCUGAACGGAGGAAGCUGCAUUUCUGGUUCCUGUGAAUGUAUGCCUGGAUUCAGUGGACCUCGUUGUGAACAAGAUGGUCGACCAUUCUUCACCAACUGCCCAGAAGGCGAGACAUUGACCUAUGACCUGGAUGAAGGAACCAAUGUAGCAACAAUUGAUAUGGAUCCCAUUACUGCCACAAACUUCAACCAGGAUGACCUGGAAGUGGUCUUCAUCAUUGGACCGGACCUUAACACCAUCACCAGCUUGGAGUUCUCUGAGGAGUAUGCCGAGGGACUGGUGGUGGUGGCCCAGGCUGUGGAUGAUCAGAAUGGCAACAGGAACUGCAGCUUUGUGAUCAGGCUACAAGACAAUCAGAAACCAGUGAUCACCUGCCCUCAGGACAUUGUAGAGAUCAGUACAUCCUCUAGUCGACAGAUCACUUGGCCAGAUGCUGAGGUAGAUGAUAACGCUGAUCCUUCACCUGCAGUCAUGUAUCUACCUCCUCGAGGGUCAUUGUUUGAUGCUACGGGAGAAACAGUGUCUGUUAUUGCGAGGGCAACAGACUCCUCAUCCAACUACAAGGAGUGCUUGUUUAGAGUUACAUUAUACCAGAGAGACUUUGACUGUGACCCAUUCCCAGCCAUUGAGAAUGCCAUAGUAUCCUGUAAUAAUGAUGCCAGCGGUCGAGAAUGCCAGAUACAGUGCAAUCCAGGGUUCCUGAAGACAGUAUCGAAUGAUAUCAGGUAUAACUGUAUAGCGGACAGCAGGGGUGCUUUCUGGGACCCUUCACCUUCAAGUACUUGUGCAAGAGCAGAGACCGGGAAUGGAAUCACCAAGACAACCAGUAUAUCCUUCCCUCUCCAGUCAGUCAUCUGUCCCCAACAAACCCCAAACUUCAAAUCAUCGAUUGCAACCAACAUCACCAGCACACUUGACACAUACAACCUCUGCAACCUUGGAUCAGCAUUGGCUUGCAGGGAAGGCAGUGUCGAGACAGGAUGUACAACAAACACAGCAAGGCGCAGGAGACGCAGUGAUAUCAUUCUAUCACGGUUCAGAAGAGACAAUAGCGUCCUGAUGGUAGAUAUUGAUGUAUAUUCCGCGGUAAAUAGCAACUCAGAUCAGGGGGCGAUAGAGGAAGAUAUCGACCAGUUGGUGGAUGGUGUUGUGGAUGUCGCAAAUAACGAAGGAUUUGAGCUGACGGUUGAUGGUGAUGUUGUCAACAAUGUCCAGUCAGGAACUAGAGUGCCACAGGCAUUCCAGUGGUCGUGUGGCAGUGGUAUGGUGUCUUCAAGUUCAGGAUGUGUACCAUGUCAACCAGGAACAUACUACGAUGAGAGGGACAAUGUCUGUGUCUUUUGUUCCAGUGGAACCUAUCAGGAUCAAACCAGACAGAUCUCCUGUAACACCUGUCCUGGUGACUCUAUCACCGAUGCUACAGGAUCUGUGUUAGCUGACUGUUACGAUCAGUCAGGUUUCGAAUUGACAUCAACACAAUGGAUACUUGUCUACAUCGGGUGUGGUCUAGCCGGGGCAUUCAUCCUUCUCCUUCUCAUCACGAUCAUCAUCUGUUGUUGCCGUAGCAAUAGUGAGACACCAAGAAAGGGCAAAGAUGCCACGGAUCACCUAACCUACCUCAACAGAGCGUUUGAAGACGAGCAUCCAAAUGACAUGCAUUACACCAAUACAUUGUCACGAAAUGGGUCGACCCUACCGAUGAAUGGUCAUCGGAACAAUGGUAACAUUCCCAAUGAUAACAGAUUGAUUGAAAUUCCAAGCGAUCCAGCCGUCCUGUAUGCAGAAGUACCUGUAACAUCAUUCAAUGCUAAAGGAUACAAUGACUUCAACAGCAGGUCAUCAAUGAAUGGACGCGCAAAUGGACAUAUUGAUACUGUGUCAGCAAGUGUUGAUAUGGAUACCAUUCCACGACCUCCAUCGCUAGGUGCCCCUCCUCCACCCCCUCCACCUCCUCCAACUGAAGAGAAACCUGCACGUAUCCCAACAGAAGAUGAUCUUCCGCCCCCACCACCUAACAAGCAUCAGUUCAGUGGUAUCUCCGUGGAUUCAUUUCCUGCAGCUACCCCUCCCCAACCCCCACAGAAGGUGCCCGGUGGUCCUCCUCCACCGCCAAAGGUUCCUGGUAACCAUGCUCCAUCCCCCAAACUUCCUGGAGGCCGCUCUCCACCACCAAAACUUCCGGGCAACUCUACACUACCACCCAAGGUCCCAGGUGGAGUUCCUGCUCCCCCUCCUCCACCCCCUAUUCCGGGAGCUCCACCCCCUCCCCCUCUCCCGGGGAUGAAUAGCAACAACAACUCACACAACACCUCACCAUCCGGUAGCAUGACAAGUUUACAGAGCAAUAGAAGGGGCAGGUUCUUGCUCUGAGCUGGUAUGGCCAGAGGAAAAUCAAGAAGAAAUGACUUUGUGAGGCAAUGCAUGAUGAAUUACUCCAAGCUUUCAUUUGUUCAGUCUUGCAUGGAAAGAUAACCCAAGUUGCUCAUUUGUAUCAUACAAGUGAUUCAUCCGAGUUGAAUACUUUAUCUUAUUCUGCUGUAUUUUCAGGGAGAAACAGCAGUAGCUAGUAUUAUUAGAGAUUAAAACCGCUGUCCUCAAUGUUCAAAUGAAUACCUCAUAGUGUGCUCGUGCAUUGUUUUUAUUUCAGUAGUCCUUUGAAUGCUCUCAUGCUAGAAAUUGUGAAAUAUACAAAAGAAGAAAUGCCUGAAUGCCAUUAUACUAUUAAGUGCUAUUACACAAAUUCUUGCUUUUUUGUACAUCCUAUCUAAGUUAAUGUGUUACUUUUUCCCCAUUUUUUUUACAGGAUUUGUGGCCUUUCAGUUUGUAGCAUAUUACAGACAAUGUUUAUACUCAGCUCCAGGCAUGCUUACAUUUUGUAGGUGCUAAAGCAUAAUUUUGUACUCCUAUUUUUAUGCUUUUGUAUUAGGUGUUGGGAUUUCAGUCGUUUGCACGAGUAUCUGAAUUUGUAUCGUCUAUAUUAUAUACAACCUUACAUGGACCUAUCCACGGAGGAUUAUCUAUUGUUAUACUGGGGGUGCUGUGACAAUGCUCAGCACCCCCAGUAACAAUAGAAUAAUCCUCCGUGGAUAGGUUCAUGCAUCCUUAUCCAUAAAUUUCUAUAAAUUAUCAUAUAUCAGGUAUUAACUCAAAUUUAUGUAAUAAGACAAAGCAAAUGAAGAAGUGAUAUUUUUGUUCAUCUUAAAAGAAAAGCAUUUAAUGAAAUUACAGUAUGCAUUCUAUUUCUGAUGAAUAUGAGGGUAUCAUUUACAUGCAAUAAAACCUAUAUUAUUUGUAAUGGCCAGUAAAGAUUGUGAUAGAGAAAGAAUAUUUGUUAUUCUUUUGAAAUUCGUCCGUAGAAGCUUUGGAUAAAUUCUUUUGUUUGGUAAAACUUUUAUCCCAUUCAUUUUAAAACCUUUUGUUUUUCCCGAUAAGAUAAGGGGAAUUAAAGGGGAAGUCUAGCUGCCUUGAAGUAGGUUGGUUUUAAUAAAAGGAGAAUAAAUAGAGACACAUAUUCAUGAAGGUUUGAUUAUCCAUCAAAGAAUAAGAGAAUUAUGAUUUGUUAAAGUUUAAUUUUGUGAUGUGAAAUCCCCAGAUUGCCAUUUUCUAAAAAACUAGAAAGUAAUGUUUUUUGUGCGAUGGAUAUAUUACCAGACAAAUCAUAUCAAACCCCUUCUAUGAGAAAAAAAAAUGGAAGUCGGCAUAUUCCAUUAAUAAUAUUGAAUUUAUAGAAUUUACAUAUACUACAGGGAAGCUGCUUGCAUGGAAAAUCACAAAUUAAAAAAAAAACGUAAAAUGUUAUAACUCUAAUUCAUCAAUAUUUUUCUUAAUUUGUUUCCGCUUUUAUCAAAACCAACUCAUCUUCAGGGUGAACACCCCCUUUAAUGAAUUAAGACAUAAAAAUAUAUAUUUGACAAUUGCGUGCUUUUUUGACAGUUUGAAUAAUGCAUUCAGUUAAUUUAGAUGUUACCAAAUAACAAAGUAUUCAAAUCUUAAUUUCUUCUUGCAGUUGGUAGGAAACAAAAUCUUUUGUUGUUAUAAGAUGGAUCUGGGUAACUAGUUUUGAGCUGGGCUCGGAAAUAUGUCAUUUAAUCAUGUAUUUGCAAUAGUAACUACUCCAUGAUUUUUUUGAAUUAAAAUCAAUAUAGAAUCAAAGUUAUAUGCAUUACAUUUAAAUUUGCAUAAUAUAUGCCAAAAUUGUUUUCCUCAAUUACCAAACUCUAUGUGACUGCUGGUUAGUUUUUGUGAAUAUUUCAAUAAAGUUUGAAUAUUUGAAUGAAGUAUUAGCCAUGUAAAUAUAUAAAGAAUAUAUUCACAACAUGGUGCAGAUAUUGUGUUUUCUGUACAAAUAUAUGGUACUAGGUAGCAACACCUUGUUUUUCACUAUUGCAAACAUAUUGAUGCAUGGGAAAUGUACAUAAUUCUUUUGUCUAGAGUUUGUAUAUUUUGGAAAAUGUUUAUAAUUGUCACUCUUUCACAUCCUGUACACGUCUUUCAUGAAUUAGAACAUGCCUCACUGCUUUUUUGUAAAUGUAAUAUAAUUGAACUAGUUUUGGACAGAACUUAUGUCAAAACAAUUUUAAUUAGUCAUUAAAUGAUUAUUUAAGACCGAAAAACUUGUAUUUAAACGUUUCAUUGUGGAAAAAUAAAGCAAGUUCAAGGAUUUAAUGCCUCUGUAUGUACAGUUAUGAUGAGUAAAUGUCAUUAACAGAAAUGAUACAUACAUAAGAUGUGUAGAAUAAGAAUAAGAAUAAGAUUUAAGUUUUAAAAUUAAGUUUUGCUAUUAUUCUUUAAACAGUAAAGGGAUAUGAAUUAAAGUUCUAUUAACUUUGAAAAAAAAAUAAUGUCAGUUUUAUUUGCGGUGAAAUGAAUAAUGAACUGUAGAAAUUGACAAACCCAAAUUUGGCAUUUAAAAAGAAAAUUACUUGUACAGAACUUAAGAUAUGUCACAACAGAAUCAUAUUCAUAAAGAAAAUAUGGACAAAUACAAUAUCAUUAUCUUCUCAUUAUGUUUAUUAAAGAUUGAUUAUGCAUUUCCAAAGAUCUCAAUAUUCACUUUUUUGUUUCAUAUUUGAUGUAUUCAGUUUUACAUUUUUGUAUUCAUUCUUUUGAUUUAUUUUUGUUGCACUUGUAUUUUGUAGUAAUUUUAUACAAAUUACAGAUGUAUUUUGCUAUUGCUAGUAUGUAUGGCAGAGAUAAAAGAAAUGAUGGAAUGGCCAACAGUUCUUUGUGGAUGACAGAAUACAACUGUUUGAUAAUGAUGUCAAACAAAAUAUUGUUUAUAUUGAUAUUUAUUAAUAAAAGGUAGACACCAAAGUAAAA